UUUCGAUCACAUCGGCAGAAACGGCUACUUCUUCUCUCCCCCCUCCAAUUCCGUUCGAAUCCACACGCCGUCCUCCUCCUCCUCCUCCUCCUCGCCACCACCUCGCCCCUCUCCACGCGGCUCGCCAUGGUGGCCUCGCCUCCUCCUCCUCAUCCUACUCCGCCGGAGCAGGUCGGCGACGGCGUGGAGGCCCGAAGCUGCGCCUCGCCGACGCCCUCCCUCCGCAGGAAGGGCUCCCCCAACCGCAGCGGCGGAAGCGCCCGCAAGAGUUCAAGCUCAAGAGAAUUUGGAAGUUCAAUUUUGAAUUCUGUAAAUAAAUCAGCAUCCCAAUUCAAGAAGUCAAUUAAUCGUAAAAGUGGUUCCCCUAUAGAUUGGUUCCCUCGGAAGAAGACUGAACCAUACUUGAAGAGAAAGAUAAAGCGUCUUCAGGAGAGCAAUGGCAUGACUGCAUCUCUUGAUGAGACUUUGGGAAGUGCCAAUCCUCACUACACGCGAAUGGCAAGGGAGAAAAUUGCAGCUAGAGAAGCAGCCAGAAAGGCAAUGGAAGCUCGCAAAGCUGCCAUGGUUGAAGCAUCGUGGUGCAGAAUUCUUCAUGCAGCAAGGAUCCAAAAGAAGGACGCUGAAGAAGUUAUGGAAAAGGCCAAGUUUCGGGCAACUGAAGCAUUUGAAGAAGCUAGAGUAAUAGGCGUAAUGAUGUACGACAGACCAGAUUGUUCAAGUCAGCAGUAUGAGGUGGAAUCAUCGUCACAGACUGGGGGACGAUCAACUCAUAAGGUCACUGCUUCCUUUCAGACUGGUUUUGAGGUUGAUAUGGAGGUUGCCGCUGCAGUUAAGAAGGCAUUUAUUCAACUUGCGAAUUCUUCUAUUUCAUCAAACAAAGAAGAGUUUAAGGAGCUUUUAUGGAAAAUUAGCCAAAAUCCUGAUGUAACUGAGAUUGAUGCAAAUUCUGAAGAUGAGCAGCAUCAGGGGGACUGUAACAGUGAAGACAAAAGGAAUUUGAAAUUCAAUAAAGAAACCUUGGGAACAGGCAUCUUUCCAUCUGACUUUGACAAUACUAACGUUCAGCAAUCCAAUGAUCUUGUGAACAUUAUGCUGGAAAGGCUAAAAGCUCUUCAUGAAGAUGAACUUGCUUCUCUGGCAGUUAUUGUUGCCACUUCUGGCUUAAAUGCUGUACUUCAAAGUGACAGGGGCAAAUAUCAGGAAACUGAGUCUGUGAACAGCUUUACAUCACAAAGGGCACACUCAAGAAGAUAUUCCACUGCAGCUAGCUUUGUUGAUGUCCUACAACCAAAGAAAGAAGUCACAUCUGAGUUACCAAGUCUGGACAAGUUCUUGGUCAAGCAUCUUUCAAAGCUUGAAAAAGAAGUUCACGAAGCAAGAGAAGCAGGUAGAAAAGCCUCUUCAGUAAAUUCUUGUGCACAAGGUGCUCAAAGACAGAUUACAGGCAGGAAUCCAAAGGCAACAGAUUCUGCUUCAGAUCUGAGCAGCAUUCUUGUGAAGCACGUGUCGAAGCUUGAGAAGGAGAUUCUAGAAGCGAAGAAGAAUAAUAACACACGCAUUCAACUCUUGGAAGAAAGCUGCAAGAAAGUAGAAGCGCAUGUGGAGAAAGAUGCCAGCAAAGAAUCUGAAUUUUACAAUGCUCAGUCAGAAUCCUUCUGUAACAGUGGUUCCGUGGGGAGUUGUAAUUCCAGGGAAUCAUAUGAAAAAAGCAAGCACGGCCGAGAUUGUUCACAAGACAAAGAGAAUAAAAUUUUAUUUUCACAUCAAUUACCACCGUCUGGUGCAAAAGGUAAACAGGGAGGAAAAAGAUUAACUAGGAUUGAAGCUGCAAAGCUGGAAGCACUUAAUUCUUUCUGUACUAAAGAUGGCAAUGCAUUUGAUGUUGGCCUUGAUAAGAUCUUAAUCAGGCCAAUCCAUAGAUUGGAGAGGGAAAAGAAGAAAGCACUCGAACAUGGACAAACCAAUGUGCAGAAAGAUCCACAGAAGAAUGUUGACCGCACAAUUGUGACAGGGAGUUUAGAUGAGAUCUUAGUGAAGCAUGUGUCAAGGCUAGAAAGGGAGAAAAUCGAUUAUGAAAGGAGGAAUGCACUGGGGGAAGGACUGACCAAUGUGCCACAUGAUCAGCGAAAGCAUGGUAACAAUGCUACAGCAUCUGAGAGUUUGGAUCAAGUCUUAGUGAAGCAUGUGUCAAGGCUAGAAAGGGAGAAAAUUGAUUAUGAAAAGAGGAAUGCACUGGAGGAAGUACUGACCAAUGUGGCACAUGAUCAGCGAAAGCAUGAUAACAAUGCUACAGCAUCGGAGAGUUUGGAUCAAGUCCUAGUUAAGCAUGUCAGUCGUUUGGAAAGGGAGAAAGUUGAAUAUGCAAAGAGGAAUACAUUGGGAGAAAGAACCAGUGAACAGAACCAUCAGGAAAGGCACAGUAACACUAACAUAGCAUCUGAUAGUUUAGAUCAGAUCUUAGUUAAGCAUGUCUCCAGACUUGAAAAGGAGAAGAUGGAGCAUGGAAAGAGCGGUGAUAUGAUCUUUCUAAAGAAGAAUGACUCAAAAUGCACAAAUGAAGAAGCAGAUCUGUCUGACAUCCUUGUCAAGCGUUCCAUGAAGCUUGAGCAAGCCAAGCUGGCUUCUUCUGCUGCUGAAGAAACACUGACAGGCAGCUUUAAUCCAGUCCAAGAGCGCAGAAGGGCACGUGAGAAGGAACUUAUGGAUGCAUGGGGAGGAGUGGGUCUAGGGAACUCCAUGAAGCCUCAUCUCUCGAAAAUUGAGAAGGACAAGGUUGCGUGGAGAAAAGCUGAGGAGGAACAGAAGCAGAUGUGUGCUGCAAAUGAGCUAUAACCAUAGCUCACAAUAUUUCUACUGGAUUUUACUGUAUGUACUGUUUGUUGUUUCACAUAUACACUUCCAGCUCGGAGGAGAGAGCAUGCCGUCGUCAUAUUCUCUAUGCCUGUAUAUUCUACUACUGGUAAAGUGAACGUUAAUUCUGGGAUCUUCAUAUCAGAAAACAAGAAGAUCAGCAACUUUCUGCCAAACAUUUGUAUCUUUGAUAUUUCUCUCCUUAGCUUCUAUACACCCACUAUGUCGUGCACUAGCUUGGCAUAUCUUGCGUGCUUAUCCGCGGAAGCAUAUGCGAGGGAUCAACAUCCAGGGAUUACAGGCUUUCUCUCCCAACGCCGCAAAGUUUGACGUUGUCAUCAUCUGAUCAUCAGGUUAAUAGAUGGGUACCCUGUCCCUGUUAGAUAUGAUCUAGCCUAUUCUAUCUCUUUAUCUCUGCUUGCUGUCUUGUAGUCCACAAUUACUGCUAUUUUUCAUGCUCUGUUUUUCUUGCUGCAAUGCAUGGACAAGGGACAAUUUCACAUGAAAUUGACUAUGUUUGAGAUAAGGAUGCUAAGGUGAUAUAUAAAAGCUACAGUCACUAUUGUGGGUGAUAUAGAUAUUUGUUUA